ACAGGUCGAACGAUUUUAUAAACCUUACUCCUCUAGAUCUUACGGCUCAUACAACCUUAAUUAUUGGUGGACGAAGUGUUUUACGAUGAUGAUCGAUUUAAACGAUGAGGGACAUGAUUUACGUUUAAUAAAAAAUGUUGACAGAAGAAUAGAAUUAAAAGUUCUUCGGAACGAGUUAGCUGUGAGAAAUGAAAUAUUGAGCGUAAAAAAGAAAGAAUUGAAGGAGAAACGUAAAGAACUGGAUAACAUAAAUUAUGAUAUAUGGAAUACGCAAGAUAGAUUUUGCGAUGAGAUAUGGAAUUUCUCCUCGAGACACAAUUUUAACAAGCUCUUUAAUCAAUACCCUGACGGUACACAAAUAAUUGAGCCCCACGAAUGUAAAUAUAAUUCUGUAAUCGAUGAAGGUGCAGGAAAAACCGAUAUACAGUUAAAAUUAAAACAAGAAAUUGAUAUUAUUAAUAACGAACUGAUACUCGUUCGUAAGAACAAUGUCGAUGUUGAGGAUGAUUUGAAACGAUGUCGAGUCACUUUAGAUAAUUUAGUAUCAUUCUCGGAAGAAGCAUUGAAACUUAUAAGGUGCAUUAUAAUAAAAUUAAAGAGUACGUUUAUUAAAUAUCUUAGGAGUUACUGAUACCUAUCAUAUGUAUAUAGAUCAAUAAAUGCGAUAAGUGCUGCAGACAAUUCUUUAUCUAUUUCUAAUACAAAGGAGAAUGAAAAAUCGCCAAAUGAAGGAUUUUACAGUGCUAGAAGAUUGUUAUUGAACGAAUCUGGAUUUCGGAAUUGCGUUUUAACUGAAACAAACUACGUAUCUACUAACAUUACCGGUGAAAUUAACAAACAAGUAUUAGAACAUUCUCGUUAAUAUUGCAGUAAUAAAUUCUGCCGGCUCGCAUUCUCAAGUAUAUUCUCGGUAUUUCAGGAUUUCAACAUUAGAAACACUACUGUAAAACACAGGGUGUUUGUUAUGAAAAAGAGAAGCAAAAUCGCGCUUAAAUACGAGAAAAAUAAGGUAGUAGAUAGACAAUGAGAACGUGUAAAUAAGAUUUGAGAUCGAAUAAAAUCCUUAACAUCAAAUGAUACUUAUACUAUGUAGAUACCGAGACAUCCUGAUGGUUCAUAAUAUAUUCAUAUAUUUAGAAAUAUACAGCUUCUUAUACAUAUAGUCAUAUACAUCGAAUUACAUUAAAUAUU